CUCCUGUCCCCCCUCGUUAGUUUUCCGUGUGCUGCUGUGUGUCUGACUUUCAGACAACAGGAACAUUUCCACGGCAGAGACACAUUUCAGCUGGAAGUCUCUCAACGUCUCAAGAAAGAGGGCCAACAUGCUGUCUUCUGUUAUCGCGAAAAGACUGGUGGCGGGGGUGUGCCAGGCAGCAUGGCGACCAGCAGUCAUGGGGCUGGUACCAUCUCGUGGUUACCGUGGAGAUACACCAGAUGACACCAGAGGUGACCUGAUUGAGAUCCCUUUGCCCCCUUGGGAGGAGAAACCCGACGAGCCCACUGACAUCAAGAGGCGCCGCCUGCUGUAUGAGAGUCGCAAGAGGGGCAUGUUGGAGAACUGCAUUUUGCUCAGCCUUUUUGCAAAGCGGUACCUGAACACAAUGAGCAAGAACCAGCUGCAGCAGUAUGACAGACUGAUUAAUGAACCAAGCAAUGACUGGGACAUCUACUACUGGGCAACAGAAGCUCACCCCACCCCUGAGGUUUACCAAGGAGAGGUCAUGGAUAUGCUGAAGGAGUUCACAAAGAAUCGCAACCAUGAACAGAGGUUAGAUGCACCAAGCUUGGAGUACCUGGAAAAGGAAGGUCAAUGAGGCCUGUGACCCAUAGACCUUCUCAGACACUCAUUUUAGGUGGGGCACUGGGUGAAAUAUCUGUGUCUAGCCUAUCAAAAAAAAAUCAUUCAGAUGUCAGCCGUGAUUCUUCAGUUAUGCACAGCAGAGUGUACAAAAUAAGUGUCCACUAUUUCCUCUGUUAACUCCAGCCAGGUGAUAUAGGGAGAAGGAAAUUCAUGGAGGUUGAGAGAAGUUUGUGGAUUAGGUUAACAUUGAUGCAACACAACAGUUGGACAGUGUUCUAUAUGUUUUACAUAACUGUAAAUUUGUGAUUCAAGAGUGUAAGUUAAAACUGCUCAGUGUGUAUGCAUACUGAACAAGCCAGCUCUGAUAUAUAAAUACAUGGUGAUUAUCUGUUUUCUAUACUAGACAAUUAAACAGAAACACUUUGACUCACUCAUUAGCGGAGCUUGUUGAAUUGCCAUGGUUGGGUUCUGUUGUGCCUAUUAAAGAUAUAAAGUUAUUUAAUAAAUGUUGAUGUUCUACUGUU